AUGGCGCGCAUCUCUGGCGUCUUGGACGAGAUGGAGCGCGCCAAGAGCCAGGCGGCGCCGUCAACGUACGCGGCGGUGCUGCGGCGCUGCGCCGACGAUCGCGCGCUCGAGCAGGGGCAGCGCAUCCACGAUCACAUCCGCAAGUUUCACGGAUUGAGCCAGGACCGGUUCCUGGCCAAUUGCCUGGCCGAUAUGUAUGGCAAAUGCGGCCGCCCCGACGAGUCCAGGAAGAUCUUCGACGCCAUCGCGGACAAGAACGUCUUCUCCUGGACGAUCCUCAUCGCCGCCUUCUCCGAGAGCGCGGAUCGCCGCUGGGAGGCCCUCCAUCUCCUGCGCUUCAUGGACCAGUCCGGCGUAGCGCCCAACGCCGCUACGUUCGUGAGCGUCCUCGUCGCGUGCUCGGAGCUGCGAUGCCUCGACGCGGUAAUUGCGCUUCACGCGAGAAUCGCGUCGCUGGGGCUGGAUCUGGAGAUCGUCGUUGGAACUGCGCUAGUGAAUGCGUAUGGGAAGUGUGGUAGCGUCGAUCGAGCUAGAAACGCCUUCGCAAAGAUGCCGAGAAAGAACAGCAUUUGCUGGACCGCGGUCAUCACUGCAAAUGCCCAGAACGGGCGUUUUGGUCCUGCGAUGGAGCUGUACGAGAGAAUGGUGCUCGAGGGUCUCAAGCCCGACCGCGUCACCUUUGUGAGCGCGCUGGACGCGUGCGCGAGCUCGCCGCGAUCGCCACCACCGCGGUACCGCGCGGUGGCGGCGCAGAGGAUCGCCAGCCUCGCCGCCGCCGUCGCCGCCAGCGGCCAUGGAUCCAGCCCCAUCGUCGCCGCCGCGCUGCUCAACAUGUAUGGCAAGCUGGGCGAGCUCGAUCGCGCGCGCGAGAUCUUCCACUCACUGCCCGAGAGGAAUGCCGUGAUGUGGAACGUGAUGAUCGCGGUGAGCAGCCAGGCGGGAGCGAUCCACGAAGCGCUUGGCUUCUUCUGGGCGAUGAAUCUGGACGGCGCCGCCAGGCCCGACGGCUCUACCUUCACGAGCAUCAUUAGUGCCUGUGCCGCUGGCGGUGUGCCGCCGGAUCUAGCCGUGCGAAUCCAUGGCGCGCUGCUAUCCUCCGGCGUCACGCUAGACGACCAGCUGCUUACCGCGCUACUCGGGCUUUACGCCAAGUGUAGCCGCACAGAUGACGCGCGGCGCGUCUUUUCCGAGAUCUGGGAGAAGGGCGUCGUGCCGUGGACGGCGCUCAUCUCGGCCCUAGCCGCUGACGGGCGAUCCAGCGACGCUGUGGCAGCGCUCCGCCGGAUGGAGCUCGAGGGCGUUCGUCCCAACGAGUAUACAUUCGUGGCGGCGAUCGAGGCCGCGUCCCAGCUCGGGAUCGCUCACGGGCGAUCGCUCCACGCGCGGGCCACGUCCGCGGGGCUCGACUCGGAUCCCUUCGUCGCCAACACGGUCAUGGCCAUGUACGCGUCGUGCGGCAGCAUUGCCGAGGCCCGCGCGGUAUUCGACGGCAUGGGCCACAGGAGGAACCUGGUGUCGUGGAACUGUAUGAUCGAGGCACUCGCGCGGCACGGACACAGUCUGGAAUCCCUGGAGCUGUACAGCGAGAUGGAGCUUGACGGCGUACCGCCUAGUGCUGCCACGUUCGUCAGCGUGCUGGCGGCAUGCAGCCACGUCGGGGAGGUAGAGCUCGGCUACCACUACUUCGUGGCGUUCCGGCGCGACUAUGGGAUCCAAGCCGAGGCGGAGCACAUUGGGUGCGUGGUGGAUCUCCUGGGCCGCGCGGGAUGGCUGGACAGCGCCGAGAGCUUCAUCCAGAGCCUCCCAGCGGCGGACCUGUCCAGCUCCUGGGCGGUACUGUUGGGCGCUUGCAAGACACACGGCGACGCGACGCGCGGCGCCCGCGUCGCGGGGUGGGCACUUGGGGUUGACGGCCAGGAUGCCGCCUCGUAUGUGACGGUCUCAAACCUUCUUCGCCGGUAG